GAUGUUCGGUCUGCGUCGUCGCGCUAGUUUAUACAUAAGUUGAAGAAAAAAUGUGAAAGAAAUUUGCUAAAGUAAAAAAUUUAACACAAUGUAAUUACAGAAAAAUAAAAAAAGUAUUGAAACGUGUGCAAUUUUAACGUGCGAAGAAGUACAGUGGCUAAACUUGGAAUUAGAAAUUACAUUUAGUGUCCAAAAAGCGUGCGUCAGUGUCCAAUUAGCAACCACAAAUAGCACCUAAGGUUUCAUUCAACUUCCAAAGGGCCACACACAAUCGCCCGCACAGGCGCUGUGGUGUUAGUGGUGGCUGCGGUUGCUCCGCAUUCGGAGUGGAAGCCACAGUAAAACACCAAAAAAUAACAAAAACAAAAACCGAAACGCUCUCGAAAGUGUACAACUCUGCUGAACCACAAACAUGAAUGUGAUGCGUAAGUUGCGCGGUAACGCCAGCACCACUGGCUCACCCACCGCGGGAGCAGGUGCUACAGCUAAUGGCAACAUUACGGCGACUAGCGCGAGUGGAACACGUAUGGGAGACGAGAUAACCGCUGCCACCGAUGCGCGCGUACAAAUCAGCCUGCACACGCUGAAGCAACUCUUCAAUGAGUACACACAUCCCAAAGAGGCGCUCAGCGAGCACGAAAGAGAUAUGAAGUUAUAUCAAAUGUUGCCGUUAUUUUGCAAGGUCUUUAGCACCUGUCCGGCAGCCGAUAUGAGUGAGAAGUUCUGGGAUGUGGUGGCUUUUUGUCAGCAAGUCUCGCGCUUGAUGGUCAGCGAAAUACGAAAACGUGCCUCCAAUCAAAGCACGGAGGCGGCAUCGAUAGCGAUUGUGAAGUUUUUGGAAAUCGAAACGACCGAGGAUACCAGCAGCGGUUGGAUGUUGUUGUCCACCUUGAAUUUAUUGGCCAACGGAGAUGUGUCGUUGAUACAGGUUAUGACAGCAGCCGCAGUGCCCUCCACGCUCGUCAAAUGCCUGUAUUUGUUCUUCGACUUGCCAAUAGUGGAUGAUGAUCCGGCACCGGGUGUCGGCGAGUCGGCGAGCGACUUCAAUGCCUUCGAGCGUCGCACACUACUGCAAAAAGUCUUCGUACAGCUGUUGGUUAAGCUUUGCUCAUAUCCGUAUCCGGCUGAGGAGUUGGCGCGCAUGGAUGACUUGACGUUGCUCUUCUCGGCCAUCACUUCGCCCUGCCCAACGCACAAUAUUGUGUGGCGUAAAAAUGCAGCAGAAAUAUUGACGACCAUCUCGCGGCACGGGCUAACCGAUGCUGUCGUUAGUUAUAUACAUUCCAAGGGAUGCAUGGCUUUGUGCGUGGAUAAUAUGCAGCGUCUGAGCUUUGGCAAUCCAUUGGAGAUUGUUGAAAUGUUUGUUACCGUUUUUUGCUUCCUAAAGGAUUCUAGUCAAGUGUCACAAAUUUUGCUCGAUGACUUCAAAGCAUCACAAGGAUACCUCUUCCUCAGCGACUUUUUGCUCAAAUUCGACACCACACGUACCCAUUCCCUUGAAGUGCAGGCUGCCAUACGCAAUCUCGUACUGAUGAUCUCCUCGCUUUGCAUGUGCGGCUUCAAUGAGUUGCGUCCACCUCAGGUACAGAACACCCUCUUCAAAAUGCAAAACUUUCAAAUGCCACAAGCCAGCUCACGCGAGACUUGCGUACGCAACAUCUACGCAUUCCAAGUACUGCAAACCGUCUUCCUGAAGUCUACUUCACCGGCGCUUUGCUGCACCAUACUCGACGCCAUAUCGCGCGUAUAUCACUCGGAGAAUGCCAACUAUUUUAUACUCGAUUCGGAGAAUACGCUGAGCCAGUUCACUGAGCGCAUUCACCUCAAAGGUCCACAGAUACAGGAGAAAUUCUUCGAUUUACUUGAGUUCAUUGUAUUCCAGCUGAAUUUUGUGCCCUGCAAGGAGCUGAUAAGUCUCUCAUUACUGCUAAAGAACAAUCAUGCGACAAGUUGCAGCAUACUUUGCUUGAAGACACUACUCAACAUACUACGUCACAAUGCAGUCUUCAAAGAAGUCUACCUCGAGGUGGGCAUACUCGAGGUAUUCGUCACCUGCUUGAAUCGCUAUGCGGAUCACGUGCGCAAAAUAACCAAAUGCGAUGAGAGUGUGGUGAUUGUGCCGGAGGAGGAUGAUCUUGAGGAUCUCACCGACACGUUGGGCAAGCAUGUGCUCGAAGCGCUUACCAUCCUCCUCAGCGGCAAUAACAACAAUGCGAAUGUGUUUCGCGAAUGCGGCGGCGCCAAGCGCAUACACGAUUUGGUGAAAUUCAAACACUGCCGGCCACAAGCGCUGGGCAUCAUACGUGAACUGAUACUGUCUGCGGGCGGCGAUGACGAUGUGCUUUUCAUACUGUCCGUGAUGCAUUCGGUGCCGCCGUAUCAGGUGGAAUUCAAAAUACAAAUACUCAAUAUGCUGUUGGGCUGUUUGAAGGACUCACAUCGCACGCGCACCGUGUUUCGCAAAGUAGGCGGCUUUGUUUAUCUGACUAGCGUCUUCGUCUCGCUCGAUGGCAAGCUGUGCGAUGAGCCGCUGGCGCACAUAGAGCCGGACUCACAGGCGAUCACACAGGAUGAUCUGAUUUUGCUGCUGCAGAUUGUAUGCCAAACGCUAGCGACUGCGAUGCGGUUCGAGCCCGCGAAUGCGAAAUUUUUUCACCAGGAAAUUUGCACAACUUCGCUGUGCGAUACGUUCCGGCUAUUGGGCUGCUUCGGCAGCGCAACCGAACUGUGCGACUUUAAGGGCGAGUUUGAAAAUGACAAUGCAAAGCAGAAGUAUUUCCACGAGGUAUUCUCGGGUGACAUAUUGAAUUUUGGCUUCAGUGCGGACAUACCGCGCUCGUUGUCCUACGCCUGUGUCGUUUAUCGCCUGCUGUACAGCAUUGCCUUGGACAACUUUGAAACGCCCAACUUGUCGGGCGUUAUAACGCUUUUCAGCGAUACGCAUUCGCGCUCGCCCAGCAAAGAGUUGCCACCGGCGCAUCCCAAUCAGUUGAAUCUUUCGCAGCCCACGCCAGAGCCGCGCAUUGUGCACCCAGGCGUUGUGCUUUGCAUGCUGCAGCUAUUGCCAAGCAUCACACACGAAUCCAGCGCCAUGCUGGCGCUCAAUCUGCAAGUUUACCUUAGCGAGAUCAUCAAGUCUUUGGUGCGCAGCGAACGCAAUCAGCAAAUCAUGUGCGACUACGGACUGGCCGAACAGCUGUUGAAAAUUGCGCGCAACGCGCUGUCGGAGGAGUCGAAUCCGUUGCAUGUUUCCAUGCAGUAUGUGCUGGAGCGCUUGGCUGCGCAAGCUUUGCAGCCCACGGAAUUGCGUGAAUUUCUGCGCCUUGGCGAGCCACUCUCGUGCGCCGAUAUCGAUUUGCGCAAACCCUAUAGUAUGGGCGGGCCUGUGCCGCUAACCCGCAUCAAGACGCUCGUUUCGAUGACAACACCGCGUGACUUUCGCGCGCAUGGUUCGAGCACUUUGCCGCCAUUCGUGGAGAUGGAUAUGUCGGCCGAAGGUUUUGGUUGCUUGUACUUGCCGUCGCUGGCGCCACAGGCCACCGCCACCACAGGCGGCACAAUCGAUGCGAACACAAUUGGGGGUAUUGGCGCGGGCGAUCGCAUUUUUCCACCACAAACGGGUCUCUCAUACUCAACUUGGUUUUGUGUGGAGAAGUUUUCGGAUCCCAAGACGGAUCCGCAUUGUGUACGGCUGCUGACGCUAGUGCGCACAAUACACAAUCCACGCGAAGAAAAUUUGGUUUGCUUAUCCAUACUGUUGUCGGCGCGCGACAAGGCGAUUGUGGUGUCCACGCAGGAAACGCUGGUGACGCCGAGCAAAAGCCUCGGCGACUGGGAGCCAGAAGGCUCAGAUGAUGGCAGCGCACGCAUUUGGUGUCCCGACCUGUUGCACGAGGGCCAAUGGCAUAACCUGGUGGUGGUGCUUAACCGCGCGGUGUUGAAGAACUCCAGCCUCUCGCUCUACUUGGAUGGCACUCCCAUGCACACACAGAAGCUCCAUUAUAUUUCACAAAAUCCCGGCGCUGGCUCUGUCAAUCUGGCAGUCGCCAGUCAAGUCUACGGCUACAUCGGCACACCGCCAAUUUGGCGUCGCUACUCGCGUCUGUGCUGGAAGCAGGGUGUUUGCCAUUUGCUGGAGGACGUCAUCGCGCAACAGACUGUGCAGACCAUCUACAACUUGGGACCGCACUAUAUGGGCUCGCUGCAGGCGCCACAACUGGGCAAGCAAAGUGAACCGUUGUCACCUUUGGUGCCGGAAGAUCGCGUGCUGUUGGGACUGAACGCAAAGGCAGUUUCUCAGUUGACUUUGGUGAAAAUUCGCAAGGUUUAUAGUCGCGUCGAUAACAAAUCCAUAGCUAAAGUGUUGGGCAUGAAUUCACAUGAGAACGCCACACCCAUAAGAAUUCUGCAUAACUCCGCCGGCCAUUUGGCGGGCGCCGGUCGCUCUCUUGGCGGCGUAGUCGUUGGCUACUUGGGCGUGCGCGUAUUCAGUCCUCAUCCAGUCUCCGCCAUGAUCGACACUGUGGGCGGCUGUAACGUGCUGCUGGGUAUCAUCGCCAUGGCGCAGGAUGUCGAAUCACUUUACGCCGGCGUGAAAGCGCUGACUUGCGUGGUGCGCAGUAAUCGCGCUGCACAAAGCGAAAUGGAUCGCAAACGUUGCUAUCAAACACUGGGCAUGUUUUUCAAGAAGAAAAAGAAUCUGCUCAACUCGCAUAUACUGCAUUUGACUUUUGGGCUGGUCGGCACCGUGAGCAGUGGCCAAGACAUGUCGGCUAUACCGAAUGUGACUGCAUUCCAGGAUUUACUCUGCGAUUUGGAAAUUUGGCAUAAUGCGCCAAAUGGUUUGCUGCGCUCACUGCUCGAACAUCUGCUCGAGUUGGCUAUUGAAUCGAACGAGAAGAAACAGAAUGUUAAGAUUAUGGGCAACCUGCAGCUACUCAACAAAUUGUUGCACAUUAUUAUCGAUAUACAGGAUCACUCGACGCGUGAAAUACUCUUCAAUCUGAUUGAAACUCUGCUUGGUGGCCAGCCGCGCCACAGUGACUUGCUGCUCUUUGGCCAAUACAUUGCCGCUAAGUUGCCCAAGUCCGAUCAGGUUGAGAAAGCGGUCAUAUUGCCAAGCAUGCGCACAACUGGCGGCACUAACGGUGUAGGCCUUAGCGAUCAAGAGGUAAUUGCGCAAAAUAUUUAUCUACGCAACCGCUGCCUCUCGUUGCUGCAUGGCUUGCUUUUCACGCCGCGCAACACCGUUAACUACAUCAUUUGCGAUGACAUCUCCAAGACGUUGGGCAUGGAUUGGCUACUACUCUUCAUGCAACCGCAUGUACACUUCACUACCGUUAUAAUUGCAGUGCGCAUUCUGGUGGUCGUGUGCGCCAAUGAGAAUUUCAUGGUGCGCUUCAGAGACUCGACGCACAAUGGCGGCUAUUUGCGUUUCACGGAAAUGGUAUCACAGAAGAAAAUGAUGGCAUUGGGCGCGCCACAGCUGAAUACGGGCGCGCAUAGCGGUGCAGGCUCGGUGAUUGUGACCACCGCCAAUGUCGUGCAGCACUUGCCCACGCAGAUUGCGGGCGAAGUGCGCACCACUGCGCUGAGCAUACCAGGCUUUCAAAUGCUCGAAUGGCUGCUCACCCAUCAUCUCGAUGUGCCCGAGCUAUAUUUCCUCAUCACCGCCUUGAUUAUGGGCCAACCGGUGAAAUUGCUCGCUACUGAGCACACAAAAUUCGAUUUGGAUCGUGUGCGUCUCUUCCUGUGGGGCACACCGCCCACUUCGAAUGCGCCACUACCAAAAAUGAACGUUUGCCCCGAAGCCGUCUGCGUGCUGCUGGGCAUGGUGCGCGCCAUUGUGCACUCAACCGAAUGCGCCAACUGGCUGAAUAGCCACCCGGAGACAAUAAUUCAGCUGCUCUUCAAUUUGUAUCAGAAUGUAACCGAUUUCAUGCCCGUCAUGAUGUCCGGCGAUGUCGUCAGCUCGUUGGUGGCCGUGCUCUUCCCCAAUGCGAAGGAGCCCAAUAAUGAUUCCGAACCCAAUAGCGGCAAUUCCACACCCACCGAUAAUGGAACGAGCAGCUUUUUGUUGCAUGCCGCGCAUAGCGCCGCAAAUACGCCAGCGCACAAGUUGACACAGCAUCCGGUGCGCAAGUGUAUAAUUGAUUUUCUGCGCGUGAUUGUCGUCGAUUCACUGAGUCUAAAUAUGCAUGGCAAGACGACACCCGUUAUUGAUCUAGUGUUGGAUGCUUCGCCCGAGUCGGCGGAAAUGCCGUUGCAAAUUGAGUAUCAGACAGAAAUUAUCACCGCUUUGAUGGAGCAUCUGCUGGCCGCCGACGUUUUGGUAGGCGAGCAGGCCGCGCUCUCCAUUGUGCCGUUGCUGCAGAGUCACACACAGCACAUAGCGCCGAAUGUGUUCUACUUCACAGCGCGCGUGGUGGACAAAAUGUGGCAGGGUUGCUUGACGCGCAAUCCGCAUGAUAUUUUCGACUUCGUCAUAAAGUUAAUUGCGCAGGCGAAGCGGCGUUCCUCGUCGCUGACUAUCGAGCAGCUGCAUCACUCGCUGAAUCGCACAAUUCUGUAUUUGUUGUCGCGUCCCACAGAGUCUAUAACGGAGCAAAUGAGUGUGCUGGAGGCUUUGCACAACAUCAUCACCCAUCGUUUGCUCAUUUUUGGCGCUGGCAACCAUGAGUUGGAGUUCAUUGGCUGUCUGACUUAUUGUCUGCUGCAAUUGACUUCGGAUAUGAAAAUCAUUUUGGAACCGGCGAAUAGGAAUACCACUUGGCAUGUAAAUCCGCAAACGGACACUGCCGAGCCAAAGGACGAGGAUCUCAAUCAGUUGCAGGGUCGCAAUCUUAUUGUCGGUGCUGCCUUUCGCGUGUGGGAAGAGUUGUACGUUUGCAAGAAGCCCGCCAUCGAGGAGGUAUUCAAAGUAUCGCUCACGCCACCGCCACCCAAUUCCAAAGCGCCAGAUUUGCAGAGCACGCGCGAACAAGUAAUGGAGUUAGCCUCUAAACUCUGGUUUAACUAUGUGGACGCUGAGCGUAAGGCCUCCUAUCGUGUGCCCUGGGAGAUACACAAUCAAAUACAAUCGAAAAUACAGAAAGUGACAGGCGGCUUGUCGCGUCUGGCGAGUCGCACGAAAGUAAAGAAAGACGAGCUCGUGCGCACCAAAUCGACCAUGAGCAAGGAGAGCGCCUUCGAUUGUACGGGCAUACACGUGCAAUUGAUCAAGGACCUCUGGGAGCUGCGCUGCAAGCAAUACAUACAAAUGCAGCAACACACGCAGCGCUAUGUUUAUCAGGACUGGAUACAGUCGGAGACUGAGUUGACGCGCGAACGUGGCUUGUGGGGUCCCGAGGGCAGUUCUUCAUUGGAUAAAUGGAUAUUGGAUACCACAGAAGGACCACAUCGCAUGCGAAAGAAGACCAUGCGGAAUGAGUUGUUCUAUUUGCACUAUCCUUAUAGACCGGAAAUCGAUUUGCCUGACAAUCGUCAAUUAAAAUACAAAGUGGCCACAAGUUUCGAUAGCAAAAUCUACUAUACCCACUGUCAGCAGCCACCGCGCAUACUCUGCGAAACUGAUUCGCUACAACAACAACUCUCCAUACAGCAACAAAACUCACUCGACGCAAAUAAUGCAAAGCAUCCACACCUCAUCCAACACCAACAGUCUGAUUCGCAAACCAGCAGAAGCGAGCAUUCGGGUGGUGGUAGCAGCAGUACGCCACCACCACCACUGCCACAUUCACCCCUCGAUGCAGCAACUCGCCUGCAUAAUCCACAAGAGUCCAUUGAUGCGAGUGUACAGGAAGAAGACGAGGAAGAAGAGGACACCUCCAUGAUGUCCGACAAUGAAACAUUCCUCCGUUUGUUGGAAGAGCAAGAGAAGAUCUCUUUCAUGUUUCGCUGUGCGCGCAUACAGGGUUUGGACACGUUCGAGGGUUUGCUGCUAUUCGGCAAGGAGCACUGCUACAUAGUUGAUGGUUUCACGCUGUUAAAGAAUCGCGAAAUACGCGACAUUGAUACUUUGCCACCGGGCGCAUACGAGCCGAUCAUACCGAAUUCGGGUGGUCCUACGCGCACUCAAAAGGCGCGUCAGUGCUCGAAAUUUGCCUAUGAGGAAAUUAGGGAGGUGCACAAGCGUCGCUAUUUGCUGCAGCCGAUUGCCUUGGAGGUGUUCUCGGAGGAUGGCCGAAAUUAUUUGUUGAGUUUUCCACGGAAAGUGAGGAAUAAGGUCUAUCAACGUUUCAUGGCACAGGCCACUGCAAUCAACGACAAUGCUCAGCAGUCGGUGGCGGGUCAGAAGCGCACAGCGAGCGUAGAACAGACGUCGGGCAUAUUUAGCAGUCUCAUUGGCGAAACAUCGGUCACGCAACGUUGGGUGCGCGGCGAAAUCUCCAACUUCCAAUACUUAAUGCAUUUGAAUACGCUGGCUGGCCGUUCAUACAAUGAUCUCAUGCAGUAUCCGGUCUUCCCCUGGAUAGUCGCCGACUAUGAGUCGGAAGAGCUGGAUUUGUCAAAUCCGAAGACAUUCCGUGAUUUCUCCAAGCCAAUGGGCGCACAGUCGGAGGAGCGUUUAGAGCAAUUUCAGAAGCGUUUCAAGGAGUGGGACGACCCGCACGGUGAGACGCCACCUUAUCACUACGGCACACAUUACAGCUCUGCCAUGAUUGUGUGCUCUUAUCUGGUGCGUUUGGAGCCAUUCACACAGCACUUUUUGCGCCUGCAAGGCGGUCAUUUCGAUUUGGCGGAUCGCAUGUUUCAUAGCAUCAAGGAGGCCUGGCUGUCCGCAUCCAAGUUCAAUAUGGCCGAUGUCAAAGAAUUAAUACCAGAAUUUUUCUAUCUUCCUGAAUUUUUGAACAAUGGCAAUAACUUUGAUUUGGGCACGAAACAGAAUGGCGAGACGCUGAAUCAUGUCAUAUUACCACCUUGGGCCAAACAGGAUCCCCGUGAAUUUAUACGCGUGCAUCGGAGUGCCUUAGAGUGUGAUUAUGUUAGUCAAAAUCUGCAUUUGUGGAUUGAUUUGAUAUUUGGCUGCAAGCAACAAGGUCCCGCCGCCAUUGAGGCUGUGAAUGUUUUCCAUCAUCUCUUUUACGAAGGCAAUGUGGAUAUUUACAACAUCGAUGACCCGCUGAAGAAGAAUGCCACCAUUGGUUUUAUCAAUAAUUUUGGGCAGAUUCCCAAACAGCUUUUCAAGAAAGCGCAUCCUGCUAAGAAAAUGUCCAAUUCACGUCAUUCCACUUUAAUUGACCCGGGCGCUUUAAUACAAGGCAAUACCACCGUUUUACAAUCGGAACGUUUAUUCUUCCAUAAUUUAAAUAAUCUCAAACCGAGCCUGCAGCCAAUUAAGGAACUGAAAGGACCAGUUGGUCAGAUAUUGCAACCAGACAAGACUGUGUUUGCCGUCGAACAGAAUAAGGUCAUGAUGCCACCCUCCUAUACGAAAUAUAUUGCCUGGGGCUUUGCCGAUCACUCGUUGCGCAUCGGUCUGUACGACUCCGAUCGCGCUUCUUUCGUUUCCGAGGCAGCCGCACAAAACUCGGGUGAAAUACUCUGUUGCGCUUGUCCCAAUGGCAAGAUGAUUGUCACCGCCGGCACCAGUUCGGUUGUGACGCUAUGGAAAUUCGAUGCGAAUCGCAAGAGCCUCACCGUGCGCAACUCGCUGCACGGGCACACAGAUGCCGUUACAUGUUUGGCAGCAAGCGCCGCUUACAAUGUCAUCAUCUCGGGCUCGCGCGAUGGCACGGCGAUCGUGUGGGAUAUGUCACGUUUCACAUUUGUGCGACAGUUGCGCGGUCAUGCGGGCGUUGUGGCCGCUGUAGCGAUCAACGAUCUCACCGGUGACAUCGCAACUUGUUCGGCCACUUGGCUGCAUGUUUGGUCGAUCAAUGGCGAUCCGCUGGCGAUGGUGAACACGUGUGUGGGUAGUGCCGAUCGUAUGCAACAGAUCUUGUGUGUUGCUUUCUCGCAGAUACGCGAAUGGGAUCAGGAGAAUGUGGUGAUUACCGGAUCGACGGAUGGUGUAGUGCGGAUGUGGUCUUUGGAGUACACACAGGUGCCCAUCGAACGUAAACUCAAACGCGCCACAGAGGUUAGUUCACAGGAUCGACCGGCUAGCACAGAGCGUGAAAACUCGUGUGACUCCAAGGAUGGUGACAAAUUGCAUAUACUCAAACAAAUGAAGAGUCUAUCGUUGCAAGAUGAAAAUGCAAUUGUCAAGUCUGGCUCGGAAAGCAGCAUAUCAGAAGCUUCAGCGCACUCACAGCACUCAACACAUUCUGAGAAGGCCGCGUUAGAGUCCAAAGACCCUGCGGAUAAGGAUAAUAAUGAGGAAAGUGAAAGGCGUAAAAGUUCGCUGUCUGGCGCUAAAUCCUUGCACGAAAUGAAAGCAGCAACAGUGGACGGUGAAAGCAUAGCCAAUAAAGGUGUUGAAGAGGAAGAACGUACUAUACGCCCCAGCAAAUCGGAUACAAGUCUCACCGACGGUUUCGUUAUGGUUGACAGUGAGAAACACAAAAGUGAUCAGUCGCUGAGAAAAGGCUUCAAAUGGCAACGUCAAUUAAUGUUCCGCUCCAAACUCACCAUGCAUACGGCAUACGAUCGUAAAGACAAUGCGGAACCGGCUAGCAUAACCGCGCUAACCGUUUCGAAAGAUCACAAAAUUUUGUAUGUUGGCGAUGCGCGUGGGCGAAUAUUUUCGUGGAGUGUAACCGAGCAACCGGGACGAGGUGUAGCCGAUCAUUGGCUAAAAGAUGAGGUCACCGAUCAGUGCGUGAAGUGUCAUGUGAAAUUCAAUCUCUACGAACGCAAGCAUCACUGCCGCAACUGCGGCCAGGUAUUCUGCAACAAAUGCAGCCGUUUCGAAUCGGAAAUCUCGCGCUUACGCAUACUCAAACCAGUGCGCGUGUGCCAGGCCUGCUAUAGUCAAUUACGCGCCAACUCAGUGGACAAUUAAGCUGUGAAAUGCGAGGCGCGCAAGUGGACGGACCAAAACACAAAAAAAAAAAAAAAAAAUAAUGCAAUUUUUUAGCAAAAACUAAGCAAACGAAAACAAUACUUUUACUCCUUUUAUAAUUUAUUAUGUACCGAAGCGUUUUCGACGCCCAUUUGUAUAUUUCCGAUUAUUCGCUAAUUACUGCUGUCUUAUUUUAUUACGCAUGAACAUAUUUUUUAAGCUUUUUUCUAUUAGUAUGUUAAAUUUUCAUACGAUGACGAUAUUAUUGUGUGUCACCAUCAAACAAGAAGGCUGUUUUAUAUUUGUAUAUUAUUUUUUAUUAUAUUUUAUUCGAUCUUUUCUACCUUCAGAGCUAUUCAAAUGCCAACUUAAAUCACUUAGAAGGUAAAGCAAAGAAAAAAAGUAAAAACAAAAAAAAUAAUUCAUUCUCCCUACUAUUUCUAUUGUAAAACAAACUUUUUAUACUUUCUACUUAUUUAUUACAAAAAACAAAAAAAAACUGGUAAAAUAUAUUUAAAAAAUGACUAUCAA